AGGCCGAAACGCGUUCUUCAGCUCUCUUCUACCGUUUUCUACCGUUAAGCCUCACGAUUGUUACCUGCCAUUGUAAACCUACCUUCUGAUUCGAAAACAUGUGAAAAGCAUCUCAGCGCCGAUCAAGAAACCACUGUAUAUAACCUGUGAAUAUACCCGAUUGGUCGACCUGGUCACGUGGCCGCGAUUCCACGUCCGCUACGUAGCGACUUAUUCAUUGUUUUUUAUUGUCGCGGAGCCUUAGAGCGGUUGCUAUAGAAAAGUGGACACUUGGUUACAAAUAAAACAACGCGGUGUUACGGCAAGUUGUGACAGAAAAACAACACAAUUUCUAGUGGUGUAGUGGGAAAUAAACAAUUAUUUCGAUUCAGUGGUCGGUUUCAAGACGGUGAAUAACCAGUACUGUUGUUGUUUAUUUGAAAACGCAGAGUAGGUGUGCGAUAAAAGUAUUAAAUUUCAUCAUUUAAGAAUGCAGUUUAAAAGAUGGAAUCGAAUGUGUUGAUAACGGAUUGACGGUCUUCUCAACGUCCCACUGUUUAAUUAUUCUCAUGAAUGAACCCAUUCAGGUUCAACAUACUUUGAGAGUUUGAAAUGUGAAAGACUUCAUUGUGAUUUCUAGUUAAGUAGAAUGAAAUGUGAACUUUAAAUACAUGUGCGUAUACAGUGUCUUACCGUUGGAUGACCGUGUGAAAUUGCUGUGAAUGACUUGAAGAUGGAAGAAAUCGCUUUUAGCGAUUGGCCGGGGCAACCUGUGGAUUUAAAUUCAGGAAACAAUCCCUGGCUGCCAGCGUACGGUUUUCAGAUGCCCCCUUCACUGCUGGAAAAGGAAGACUUCAUCGGAAAUCCAGAUGCAGAAUAUUUUUUACAAGGAAGUGCUGGCCAUUAUAUGUAUCUGGAGACCAUUCUUGAAGAGACGUCGGACGACUUACUCUCGGAAAGCGACGUCGAUUCUAGGGGAUCCCCCGUGGGUUGGCUUGCAACAGAUUCGGAGUCCGGUUCUGUUAUUUGCAUCGAUACGGCAGGUAAAUAGUUUACAGUUUGUUAUGAAAUAUAUUUAAAAAACUGUAUAUUUCAAGUAUCGGUUAUAAUUAAACGGAACAAAAUCAGGACUUGUGGGCCGUGGUCGAAUGGAAUCUGAAAUACCAAACGAUGCGAGAACGGAUGUUAUAUUUUGAAGUCUCAGCAACGACUGGCUCAUUUUGACUGAUUUUGUUCUCUUUAAUCGUGACUCCGGACGUGAAAGGCUGUUCUUAUAUCAGCUAUACGUUGACAUGUCAUCAUGUCUUAUAAUAAAAGAACCCGUGCAAAAUAUGAAGAAGAAACUAUAAAGUCGUUUGAAUCAAAUCUGUCUGAAAUAUGUUCUCUAAGAGACACCAAGUGAAAUUUUCAAUAUGCACUAGGUCCCAAAAUUCCCUAGAUUCUGAAAUACGAACAUCUAAAAGUCUCAAGCUGGAUAUUUUUAUAUUUGAAGCGAGAUUUGGAGGUUUUUAAACUUAUGGAGCUGAGGUAACUUUGUUCAUCCCGUUCCAAGAUAAAAUUCACAAGAAACACCUGUAUGCGGUUUGCCCACUUUCCUAUACUAUUGGUGCUAGUGCAACACUUCUUUUCCAUUUUUCAGUUUUGUUGUAUCUUGGACCCGGAUGUGACGCAGGACUCGUGGAGUCUUCCGAUGACACCAUGAAUCUGCAGUUGGCUCCUGAUGAUGAACCUGUAUGUUUUCAUUCUUCUUCUCACCGUACUGACGAAAGUGAAUAAGCCUUUUGUUUGCGGUUUGCUUGUUUUCAAAAAUGUAUUUUUUUUACUCACAAUUCCUCUCAUAGUUUGAGAAAUCUAUGAAGAGAG